AUGGCUGGACUGGGCCCGCUGCAGUCCUGGCAGAUGCUGGAGCCGCCCACGGCUGGCUGGCUCUCGUCCACCCUUCCGCUCGGCUGCGGCUGGCCAUGUGGGGCCCUCUUGGGGCUGCUCCCUGACAGCACCGGCGAGCGGCUGCCUUCCCCGGGCAUCUCAUCCCCGCGGCUGCCCCCUCACCGGGCUGUCGAGGAGGAGACUCAGUCAGCUGGAGCCCAGAGCCCCCUGUUUCCCAAACAGCCUUCCCAGGACCCUCUAGCCCUGCCCGGCCUCGACCGCAAGUGGUGGCAGCUCAGCUCCCAAGCUACCCUGGAGCCGGCACUCAGUCUAGGGAGGCCAGGCUGCAGCGAUGCCUCUGGACCAAACUGUCCACAGCUCCUGCAGUGCGGCCCCCGGGCAGCCAGGUGUGGAUGGGUGAAGCGGCCUGGGCUGGCAUGGAGAAGGCCAGACCUUUGUAGACAACUUCCCUUGCGGUGGCAGGAGAAGCCUGGAGAGACCUGCUUCCUUCCCCGGGAGUGA